AGAUGGCGGCGGCGGGGGAUGAGGCGAGGCGCCGUUGCCGGCCGUGCCUCGUGAGGUAAACGGCGGUUCCACCGGGCCUCCCUCCUCGGCCUGCUGCUGCUGCUGCUUGGCGCCGUUUUUCUCCGGCGGAGAACCCAUGCCGGCCUUUCCGAGCCCCGCCGGCUGAGGCGAGACAGGCCCCGGCCGUGCUGAAGAAUCGCCUGGAGCCUCCCGUGAGGCGGCGGAGGGAUGCCGGGACGGCUGCUGCCCCCCGGGAUCGGCUGGGGCGAGCUCGGACUCCUCUGCUGUUGGCUGGGCGGCGGGCAGGCGGCUCCGCUGCCCCCGGCAGGGCCAGGAGAAGAGACAGCCUUUGAAAUUUCCUACUCCUUGGUGGUUCUUUCUGCCGGCGGCCUCUUAGUUUUGAUACUACUGCUUGUAAACUGUAUUUCCUGCUGUAAAGAUCAAGAGAUUAACUUCAAGGAAUUUGAAGACAAUUUUGAUGACGAACUGGACUUCACCCCACCCGCAGAGGACACCCCAACCAAUCAGUCUCCCGCAGAAGUGUUUACCCUCACGUUGCCCAGUGUUUCUCUCCCAGCUCCAUCCCAAUUCCAACUUCCCACAGAAGAUCUGAAAUCUCAGGUUGCUCGGCAGAAUCUAAACUAUAUCCAAGAAAUAGGAAAUGGCUGGUUUGGAAAGGUUCUGCUGGGGGAAGUUUACACUGGCACCAGUGUAACCAGAGUCAUUGUGAAGGAGUUAAAAGCCAGUGCCAGUCCCAAGGAACAGGAGCGGUUUUUGAGACAUGGGGAGCCAUAUUUCAUCCUUCAGCAUCCCAAUAUUCUCCGCUGUACCGGCCAGUAUGUGGAAGCCAUCCCUUAUCUGUUGGUAUUUGAAUUUUGUGACCUGGGUGACCUAAAAACCUAUCUUUGCAACGAGCGGGACAACAUUAAAGGAGACGCUCAAAUAAUGCUGCUGCAGAGGAUGGCCUGUGAAAUUGUGGCGGGACUUGUCACGAUGCACAAGCACAAUUUCGUGCAUGGAGAUUUAGCUUUAAGGAAUUGCUUCCUCACAUCUGAUUUAAAUGUAAAAAUUGGAGAUUAUGGAAUAGGAUUCAGUAGGUACAAGGAGGAUUAUAUCGAAACGGAUGAAAAUAAAUUCAUACCCCUCCGGUGGACAGCUCCAGAACUGGUGACCAGUUUUCAGGACCGGCUCUUAACAGCAGAACAGACGAAGAACAGCAAUGUCUGGGCCCUGGGAGUGACGCUGUGGGAACUUUUCAGUGGCGCCACGAAGCCUUAUUCUGAGCUCUCCGAUGAGGAGGUUUUGACACGAGUCAUCAAAGAAAAACAAGUCAAGCUGUUGCAACCACCACUCGAGCAGCCCUAUUCUGAUCGAUGGUAUGAAGUUCUGCAGUUCUGCUGGCUGUCUCCGGAAAAGCGAGCCACCUCCGAGGAAGUCCACAAGCUUCUGGUCUACCUCUGCAUGCAGAUUCAGAAGGAUUCCGUCAUCGAUCCCGAACAGUGGGAGGACCUCAAGCCCAACAUUUCAAACCGAGAACCGUUGGGGAGUUCUGCUUUUCCCAUACUGGAUCAUUUCACCGGCAGCCGAUUUGGCCGCGAGAUGGAAGAGGUCCUCACCGUCACCGAGACAAGCCGAGGACUCAACUUUGAGUACAUCUGGGAGGCAGCCAAACACGACCACUUUGAAUGUAGCCAGUCAAACCCCGUCGACAACAAGACUUACACGAACAUCUUCUUCCCGGUGGAGGUUUUUGAGAACACGCUGACUGACCAAGGGCCUGGAGCUCAGGUUGAAAGUGGACAGGAAGUGUCCCUUCUGGUGCCUGGAGAACUUCCCGUGUUUAACGCCCGCAAACCUUCGAUUGGAAAUGAUUAUUACAUCCAGUUGGAAGAAAAAAUUGGAGGCCGUAGGAACAUCAACUUUGACCACCAGGUGGCUGAAUUGACCACCGAAGUGGACAACUCUGAAGUUCCGAAAGACCAAAAUUGCCACGUGGUGGUUCUAGAACACUUUGCGGCUGAAUCUAGCACAGACGGGGAUAUUUUCUGUAGCAGUGCAGAUCCCAAGGAAGAGAAUUUACAGGCUCUGCUUAGCCCUUCCCAAAACGGUGGCAUCAUCACCAAAACUGAACAGUUGGCAAAUGGAGUCAGUAGACUCGAUUUAGCUGAUAUAAACGAUAUCCGUCUGGAGCUGGAAGCGAUUUCUCGCUUGGACUUUGAGGAAUCUACCCAGGGCUUGCCCAAGAAGAGAAGCUCCUCGCCCACCUUUCAAAAUGAUUUCUUGCAAGAGGACGCCUCGCAGGAAUCUGAACUUAGCCAACUGACUUUAGAGGAACUGUCUGAUAACUUCCUUUUUCUCCAGGAGAAUAAUUUAUUGAAGGGGACCCCGAGGGACGGAAGCGGUGGCGAUCUCAGUAGAGCUCGCGACCAAGCAGAUAAAUUAGACCCAGCAAAUAUGAACUCUUUGGGAGUUGAAUGUAACCUGAGUGGAAAGGUUUGUGACACUAACGAGGAUCUUCUUGGGCGAAUAGGGACAUUUUCUGGUCUCCCUGGGGUCGAUAAGCAGCUCCUAUUGUCCUUUUUCAGCCCGGAGAAAAGCCCUCCUAACAGAGAAGUUGGAGUUAACUCUCCCCACAAUGUUGCCGCUUCUUUCCUUGGAACGGAACAAGUCUCCGAAUCCGGUUCCACGGAUAUUCACUCCACCCGUGUCAAAAACCAGACCGGUGGCGUCCGCUCCUGCCCCGGCGUUUCACUCAAUGCUGAAGAAGGAGAGGAACAUCAACAGGAACUUCAACACAACAGUCACUCCUGGGAGUUGAUCUCCGAUUUAAACCCCGAGAAACCCGGACGAGAUCGCGCCGACAUUCUGAAGGAAAGUGACAGAACGCCUUCAGGGGAAAGGUACGACCCGGCGGGUCGUCUCCCCACAGAUCGCAUCAGCCACGAUAGCCUACUAGAAGACAGUUCAUCAGGUUCAACCCCGAGCCUGGGACAACUGGUAGAUACGCCAGACUCCUUCGAGACAUUAGACAUGAACGAAGUUUUAGAACCCUUCGAACCGGAAAGCCCCCGGAAAUGUUUACCCCCUGAUAAGCCCGCCGACAGUGGCUACGAAACGGAAAACCUAGAAUCUCCUGAAUGGACUUCCCAUCUGGUUGGCAGCAAUUCUGGUGAAUCGGGGGGAAAUCUUGUGCAAGAGAACCCCGCGAUCAUCGUGUCAGCGGACGUCAAUCCUUACGCCGGCCCGACAAACAUGGAUAAUUUUGAAACCACUCCUCAGGCAGCUUUGGAAGGGGUCCAUAAUUCAUACAGAGACUCGGCCUACUUCUCUGAUAACGAUUCGGAGAUUGAUAAGAAAUCUGAGGCUUCCAGUCUACCGAAAAGGCCAACAGUAUUAAUCAAGGACCACACCGAUUCCUUUGAAGUGGAAAACGCUGGGAAUGCAAAAAAUCCUUCAAAUGUCAGUGAAGUCGCUAAUUAUCAAUUCGUCAAUGACUUGGCCUCACAGCUGGAGGCGGAUGGAGGAGUAGAAGACCGCGAGUCGGAUGAAAGAAAGCAGGAGUGGCUUCAUAAAGCCGAAGAUACGACGCCGUCGCUGCUUGUCCCUGACCUAGAACAUACAGAUGAGGAUGAAAUAUAUGAGGAUUUCCCCAAAAGCGUAUCUUGCAUCGGCACCAGUACGGCAGAUUUUUUCCCCAAGGGCGAUCCGAAGCUCGCGCCCGCCUUGUACAAUGCUCCCGAACACUUUGAGAAAUCCAUACUGGGCCACCUUGAAGGCCAUAAGUUGAAAGAGCCCGAUAUCGAAGGGAAGUAUCUCGGGAAGCUGGAUGUCCCUCGGUUGCUGGACCUCACCUUAGAUGAAGAGGACGCCGACGAGGAAGAUGGGAACAGCGACGAUUCGGAGGACGAUAUGAAGAGCUUCAACCUUCACGGGCUCAGCUCGGACAGCGACGAGGACAUCAUGGUGUACCCCGUGCCGGAAAUCAUUAGCGAUAGAAGUGAUGGGAAGCACUUAAGGAGCUUGCUGAAACAGCCAAAGCAGCCCCAGGAGAACCACUCGACCGACGCCUUUCAGAAGAAUGGGAAAAAAGCAGUCACAUUCUUUAAUGAUGUCACCUUAUAUCUUUUUGAUCAGGAAACACCAACCAAAGAACUCGGAAAGCGUAUUGCCGAAUCAAACUCUAAUCACACUCCUGCCCCGGCUGCCAGUUUCGGUUACUUGAAUAAGUUCACCAGUUCAGAAAGUUCUACGGAUGAAGAAGGUGGUUUUGAGUGGGACGAUGACUUCUCUUCCCCUGGGCCCCCCAUGAUCUUGAAGGCCGCAAGCACUCUCAUCAGCUCCAAGUCGUCUUCUCUUCAGACCUCCAAGUACCUUUCUCCCCCACCGCCGCCCCGAAGCCCUGAGCAGGACUGGUUCCACCCUCCCCCUUACUCCAGGUUCUCCAUCUCCCCCGCAAACAUUGCAAGCUUUUCGCUCACUCACUUGACGGACUCCGAUAUCGAACAGGGGGGGAGCAGUGAAGAUGGAGAAAAGGAUUAAGAACUUAAGCGUCUCUCGGUCGGUCGUGGGGAUUGUGGGGAAUACCUCCACUUUGGACUAAGAGCCAUUGAAAAGAAGAAGAAGUUGAAGGCCUGCUGUGGAAACACGCAGGCAGGAGCAGAAUUUGGAAUGGGUGUAUUUCCAUUCCAGCGUACUAUUUUUGAAAAGCCACACCUCCCUAUGCUAGCUCUCUUCCAGUACUUGAAAUAAUCCUCCAGAUGAUUUGUACCACAGCGAUGUUCUGGUUUAUAUAUAGGAUUGUAAUAUACUUUAUUUCUUUUUUUUUUUUUUCUUUUUUUUUGAGGAGGGGGCGUGGUAGCCAUGUAUUUAUCUGUACGAAUGUGUAAAAUUGUAUAUAGUUGAGCUGCAGAUAUACUACAUUCCUUGAUCGGGCUGAGAGCUGUUGUGUAGCAAGCCAUGUUUCGCAGGUUUCGCUCAUCGCUUAGCUGUAGCCGUGCUAGUUGUGUCCUUGCCGAGUCCCUUUGCACUGUACAAAGCAUUCCGGACCAAUGGGAGUUGUAGUACCGGCUUAUUUAAAUGGGUUUCAUUUUACUCCUGUGGGUCUCUUUCCAUGAAUCGACUCGUCGGAGAAUACGGAACUUGAGUCGUCCCGUUUAUUGUUUUCUUUUUUUUUUAAGGAUAUCUGCCACUUUUACGCGCUGCUGCUCGUGUAUCUAAAAGGGCCACCCACUUGGCGAGAGAAAGGAAGUUAAUCCUCACUUGCAAUUAAUGGGGGUUGGUUGACUUAUUUUUAUUUGCGGUUGGCUAAAAAUGGUGAUGGUGAACUGGUUUGGGGGUUUUCCUUGUUUUUUUGUAGGGCAAAUUGUCUGAGGUUUUGGUCUGUGUGUGUGUGUGUUUGUUUGUCUGCAGCAUGCUCAUGGUGCAUCCCUGUUCAAACGAUCUUCUUGGUUACUGGACAACUUGUAGGUUGACAUUGUCCAUGCCAACUGUUGACAUUAUCCAUGCCAACUUUUAAGGAUCCGUCCAUGUUUCUGGUUGCAGUCAGAUAGAAGAUUGCUUUCCUUCUGCCACCAGUGAUCUUCCUUGUUGAAGUCAACCACCUGUUUAAAAAAAAAAAAGGUUUUAACAAAUUUGGGCUCCUGGGGUCUUUCUGGUUGUUAAAAAUUGAGCAUGGAUCACAACAAUCCUCAGUAGGUCUUUGAUUUUUUUUCCAUGGCUGAUGUAAAGUUUUCUCUCGCGUGAGUUCUGAAACUUAAGGCCUUUCAGGAUGCAAGCUGCAAGGUGUUUGCUAGUAGGCAGUUUUUCAUUCAACCCUGAGGUUUGAGUGUCUUUUUUGAGCUCCAGGCAACUUUGUGUAAGCCUAUCUCCUCCAAAAUAGGAGAAGGUCCCACUUGUGACAAGCACAGUUUUUGUUACGCCUUAAGUGGGCAAACAGCUUUGCUUCUCAGUAAAACAGCUCUCUCUUUCUCUCUUUAAAAACGUAUUCUCGUGCUAAAAACAAGCAUUUGUGCUGCUCUGUGUAAUUUGCACCCAUAGUUCGGUAGGGGAAGAACAGGCUAACAACCAAUUUGGGAAGCGUUCGGGUCGUCGUGCGAAACGAGCUGCUGAAAGGACGAAUUUCUUGAACUAGAAUGAAAGAAAAGGGGAAAAAAACACCGUAAGGAAGGACUGGAAAGAAACAUGGAUGUUUUUAGCCUUCCACCUGUCUUAGUUCUUGGAAGCUAUGCGAAGGGUAGAAGCGGUCAUGCGUGAAACAUGCCAGGGAGUGGUAUUGAGCAUUGAUGUGUAAGCAUCUUAAGGACUCCCCAAAAACAGUAGCAUCUUGAGAAUCGUUUUUGCUUUCUUGGGUUCUGCUUCAGCACCUGCCAACAUGCCUUUUGAGAGCUCUGCUCUUGACCUGGUGGUCCUUGACAGAUCCAACUUCUCCAGGCACCGAAUUCCUUCUUAACUGACGGCCUCGGAUCUGGUCUUCUCCGCUCUUGGAGAAACUUGCAGUCUGAAGUGAGACCUCUUCUAUCAGAUGACGACACAUAGAGAACUCAAAACUGAGCCUCCUCAACUCUCGUUUUGGGUCUUGGCCUUGUGUGGUAGGAAUUUGGACGUCGUUUGUGGCAAGUGUCCCCAGGGACACCUUUCAAAUACAUGGAGAUCAACGCUCCCUUCAGGGCAGAAGACACCUUAGUGGUGAACACCAUUCAGCAAGGUUGAGGGAAGAGGAUGUUGGCAUUCCCUUCAUUUUGGAGUCUUGCAAUUGACUAUUUGACCCAACAUGCAUCCUACAUUACAGGCUUUUCUCCAGAUUCUUGAGGGCGUUUUCCUGUUGCCUUGCCCCUCACCUCACUUCACUUCACUUUAAUCCCAUGUCUAAAUGUUAAUACGAGGCCUAUUUUUGGAUAAGCCUGGGGCAACUGUUUCAUCAAAAAGGUAGAGUUCCCGGUACACCAUGCCCCAGGCUGCGCCAGAAAUCUUUUCCUUGUGCUUGAAAUAUACGUGAGCCUCUUUAGUUAUUCAAGCUUUUCAAAUUAAAAGUAUGAACUAUUGAAAGUCAAACAUUAGCUUUUUUUUUUAUAGCUGAGGUGGUAUCCCCUCAGCUUCCCAAAUCCAUCCCUCCUUGUCCAAGUUUCUUAAUAAAUCGCUGGAAGAUUGACUUAUAUAUCAUCACAGCCAGAUUAUAUGAGCCUCCUGAAUUAUUAUUAUUGUUGUUGUUAUUUUGCACUAUAAUUUCCCUGAUUGAUCUGGCCACAUUUGGAGAAUUGGAGCAGGUUCAAGUUUGGUGCAUUUGCUUAGAAGAAGCAGUUCUGUUUAGCGUAAUGCCCAUUUUCUGCAGGACAUCAAAACUAGCAGAGGUCCGGAAGUGACUGCCUUUGGUCAGCCAGAAUCAUCCUCCUGUUUUAGACUCCAGAAUUGUUAUUUUUCUGUCCCUUCUUCCCAUUACCCCAGCUCAGCCCACCUUCAGUCCAUGACCUGUUCCUUUGAAUAACUUAGCAGAGAUCCCUGCGUCUCUACAUAUAUGUUGUGUGUAUGUUGUACCAGUGUGGAGAUGAUUGACUUUCUGUUGGCCCUAUUUUUUUGAGGUUCUCCAGGAUAACUUAAGGGGGUUAUUCAGAGAGCAGGUGCUGGUGGAUGGCCGUUUGCACUAAAAUGUAGGUGGGAUCAGGAGCCUUGCAACCUGGACUUUUCGUUGGAGUAACUUGAAAAGCAGAUACGUCAAGCUUGGGUAUCCUUGACAUCAGCUCUCUUACAUAGUUGAAUGCUUUGUUUACGGUAGAGCUGCUGUUAGAACGAUUCCUAAGAACGCAAUUUCAGGAAGGCUCAUAAGCUCCCAAGAUAAACCAGUCUGUCAACCUUUUUUGAUGGGGGGCGGCGAAGGACCAGUAGCACUAACGGUCCCCAUUCUAGGGAAAGCCACCAUCCCCGUCCAAUAUCUGCAGUUAGGCUUUUAAUGGCUAAAAUCCUUUCCGAGUUCCGUCCUUUAUAAAUAAAUGCUGCUCUUUUCUUUUUGGGAAAUGAUUUUUUUUUUUAAAAAUGACACUAAUGAAAGCUGCCUGUGUGUACAUUUUAAACACUGUUUUAGAUUAAUUAGUAUGCAGAUUUUGUUUUUCCUUUUUUUUUUUUGUAGACUGCUUUGGAAGAAAUAGCCUUAAUAAUAAAAUGGCCUCAGCUUUACUGACUUCUGAAGAGAGAGAGAGAGAGGGAGAGAGAGAGAGAGAAAAGAAAAUUAAAAUGUCUUUCAGGAAAUAUGCUAGAGGAGAAACAUUUGA